AUGGAUGCACUGGUGGGCAGGGCUGGCUCCUGGCAUGGUGGCCUGAGAGGUCCACCUGCGACUCCUGUGGGCAUGCUGAUUAGAUGCCUUGCCCUAAGGCAGUAUCUUUUAAGUACCAGGGUUCUGAUUAAGCAGGAGAGGAGAAAGCAAAAGGAAUAUUUUGAAAAGAAAAGGUUAAAAUCAAAAAUGAAAUUACUGGGGGUUUCAUCCCCUGUCAAAAAUUCCACUGUCAGUUUAGACCUUCUUAACCUAUAUAUGGUAAAUCACAUAUCUUGCCAGAAGAAAACACCUGAAACUGUGAGAAAACCAAUCCAUGUGAAUAUGUGUAGAGACAUAAAAAUGCCCCUAAGAAAGCAUAAUUUAGAACUUCCAAUGUCACCUGACUGUGUACCAUCUAACCUCUGCAUUGAUGAUAUAGAAAACAGACAAGGCAGCAAGAAACAACUUGCCCCAGUUCAGCUUAGUAAAGUUAAUUAUUCUAAUUCCUUGGUCUCCAAAUUAAAUGAAAAUCAAGAUGUUCUCAGUCCAUCAUAUAAAACAGCACAGUAUGGGUCAUUAUUUGAAAGAUUAAACAGUCCAGGCAAUUGCAGUUUCCUUACUGGAAGAUCUGUUGUAGUUAUGGGUGAAGAAUGUGGAAGCAUGGAUGAGCAAAGACAGUCAGACUUCAUUACUGAAAAACAGUCAGCACAACAUAUUUGGGGAGAAAAUAGAAGAGAGGCUUCACAUUUUCUUGAAGACGUGAACCAGUCAAAAGCCCACCUUAUAUCGGAGAAUUAUGACUCUUUUAUUAGUGAAAAUAUCAUCAAUUUAUUAAGCAUAGAUCAACAGAGGAUAAGGAAAACCUUUGACAAGUGUGAUUGUGACAGUAUGGGAGAUGCUUCUGCAAUCACAAGUUCUGAUAAAAAUGAUUCAACUGAUAGAUGCAUUAGAAGUAUUUUUACAGAUCCAGAAUUGACUUUUAGUAAUUCUACUUUUAAUAAAACAAGUUAUCCAGAAAAGUAUCAGCCAAGAAAAUUUGAAAGUGAUUACCAAGAGAAGAUACCACAGAAUGAAAGCCAGAAAUAUCCAGUGAAACAUAUGGGUGAUAUCUCUUUGGAAGAAUUACAUUCUAAGCAAUCGUGGGACUUUGGAUUUGGUGAGAUUCUGAUGGAAGGAGGAGGAACCUCUUCUUUAAAAGACAGACCAACAUCUACAAAAAUCUGUCACUAUCUUGAUUCUUCACAGAGUAGUCAGUCUACCUAUUACUCUCCAAGGCCAACAGAUAGUUGCUUCAGUUCUAGUUCAGAGAUGCCAUCUGAAGAUGAAGAUCAAAUAUUACAGCAAAUUGAAGAAUCAAAUAGGAGAUCCAUCAGAAUCAAAGAAACAACUAAUAAUUUUUAUCCAGAAGGGAUGCCAAAACUUCCACAUGGUAGUAUUAUUAGGAACAAUACCAAAAAUCAAAACCAAAAUGAGAACCUUCACCACUUCUCGAUGAAAAAUAAUACAGAUCAAUUUCCACAGUCUCAGUGUAAUUCAACACACAUAUUGCAAAACAAAACCAGUGAUAACUGCAUUCUUCAGGUUGCAAGAUGUGAUGCAUGGGUGCAAACAGACAGUGAACCUGUAAUGGAAGAAAAAUUAGAUGCUGCUGUACAGUGUGAUAUAAUUUCAAAAUGUAAAUGUAGAAGUAAUGUGUCUUCUCUUUGUAAUGUUGAAAGAUGCAGUGAAAAUGUUAAUUCAGAUACCACUGGAGGGCAGGAAACCCUUAAGAACAACUAAUACUCUAAAAUCUCAGCUUAAGAUUUCACAUUGCAUUUAAUGUUCAGAAUUUCAUUAACAUAAUAAGGAAUGAGAAUAUGUAGCUAAGCAUAAGGUGAAAGUAUUUACAGGAUAUAUUUAUGGCUUGUUUUAAAACAUUUUAAUAUUAGUGUAUACAUUUAAUUUUACAUAGAUUUUUAAAAACAGACAUAUCUUCAAGAUAUAUGUAGUAUUCAAGUUUUUAGGAAAAUAAUGUAUAUAUGUAAACAUUGUUUAUCAUAGUGAUUAUUAUAUUGUGGUAUGCUGCUAUUUAUGGAUAAAAGUAUGUUUAAUUGCUUCCUUCCAUGUUUUCUUUAUUUUAAAAUUUAGUGCAACCAUGUCUGAUAGCAGAAAUGUUCUCUUCCAAGAUUUUAAGACAGAAAGUAAUGCUAAAUAAUAUUGAAUAUGUUUUAUAAUCUCAUAAGAAUUUUGGUAGCUACUUAAAUUAUGAAUUUUCAUGUCAUCCUGGUGCAGGGGCCAUGCCUAUCUAUUCUGUAUUGUUCUAAUUUUAAUAUAUAUGAUGCCAAAAUGAGCACUACUAGCUACUUAAAUUAAAUAUACUUCAUUAAAAAAUUCUGGCAUUAAUUUUUAGCUAAAACGUAUUUUCUAUUUUGUUUGGAUAAUGCUUUUUGUCGGUGCUUGUAUUAAUUCAAAGAAAAAUGUUUUCAAGAUACAAAAAAAAUAUUUCAAUCCUUUUUUUUUUUUAAUUUAUUCACGACAAACAGAGAGAGAGAAGCAGAGAGUCAGGCAGAGGGAGAAGCAGGCUCCAUGCAGGGAGCCUGACCUGGGACUUGAUCCCAGGUCUCCAGGAUCACAUCCCGGGCUGAAGGUGGCGCUAAACCGCUGGGUCACUGGGACUGCCCUUCAAUACUUUUAUAAAAGACAUGUU